AUUAAGGCAGAUGACGUCUCUGCUUCCAUUGUGAAGGUAAUCAGAAGUGGAGUGAGGGGAGGUUUUCCAAAUCUUAGGUUUCUCUGCGGAAGAAGACAAAGUUAUCUCAGAAGUAAAAGUCACUUGGACUCACAGAGAUGGAGGAGAAGAUUACGAAAGAUUCUCAAGUAGAAGUGAGUUCUGAAGAAGAAGGGUUUGCAGAUGCAUGGUUCAGAGGGGUUCUCGAAGAAAACCCAACGAAAUCAGGGCGCAAAAAGCUCCGUGUUCGUUACAUGACUCUGUUAGACGAAGACGGCUCCUCUCCUUUAAUCGAGAGCAUAGCACCGAGGUUCAUCCGACCCGUUCCGCCGGAGGGUGAAUACAAAGAUGUCGUUUUGGAGGAAGGGUCGAUGGUGGAUGCUGACCAUAAAGAUGGAUGGUGGACUGGUGUGCUUCUUAAGAAAUUGGACAAUGACAAGUUUUGGGUUUACUAUGAUAACCCACCUGACAUCAUUGAGUUCCACAGAAACCAAUUGAGACCCCAUCUGCGCUGGACCGGUUCGAAAUGGGACCGACCAGAGAUUCAGGAAUUAGAUAAGUCCAUGUUUAGCUCCGGGACAAUGGUGGAAGUGAGUACUGUUGUAGAGAAAGCGGAAGUUGCCUGGUUCCCCGCUAUGAUAGUUAAAGAGAUCGAAGUGGAUGAUGAGAUGAAAUUAAUCGUCAAGGACUGUAAUAAACACUUGAGCUUUAAUGGUGAUGAGGCAAGAACAAACACUACUGUUGAUUCAUGCCGUGUUAGACCCACACCGCCUCCUUUUCCAGUUGAAAAGUACAACUUGUUGGAUCGUGUUGAGGCAUUUCGCUGUUCAGUAUGGCGUCAAGGGUUGGUAAGGGGAAUUCUCCGUCAGAAUAGUUACAUGGUUAGUUUAGGGACUACAAAGGAGGAAUGCGUGUUUAAACACUUGGAUCUUAGGCCAUGUAAGGUGUGGGAAGAUGGUGUUUGGCAGGACGGACCAAAGCAAAAUCCCGUGAAAGAAACUCCUUCCAAUGUCAUAACAACGAAGCCAAUGCGCUCUUGUUCUGGUGCUAAGUCAGUGACUACUCCGAAAAGGACCACAAAGCAUACAAAAAGAUCACUCAAUCUUGAGGAAAAUGACGAGACACUCACAAAAGCUGAAACUGGAGCUGCCACUCGAGAAUUGAGAAAGAAGAGGGCUAAUGAUGUUACUAAUGAUAAUACUCCUAUGCCCAUAACCCCGCAAGUGAAACCAAUGGCCUCUGUUAAACCUGUAACCCCGUCGCGGGUCAGAACUGCAACACCGUUGAAACAAACAGAGGCUGAUACUCAAGGAAAGACAUCCACCAAGAAGACACUUGAGCCAAUGGGUAAUAAGAAUGGCUUGAAAAAUUCAACUCAACAACAGAAGAUGCUUGAGGAGAAGAAUAGUGAAGAUCAGGGUAUAAAAAGGAAAAGAGAUGAAAACCAGAACUCAGACUUUAAGGAGACUGAUGAGAGUUGCAAUGGUCCAAUAGCUGAGAUCAAUGAUACAAGUAACAGUAUCUGCACUGAUGUUGAUGUCGAUGAUCAGCCUCUCACUGCUUAUAUAAAUUUACCUACUGAGAUAUCCUUUGAUCAUAGUCCAAUUGUGGUGAAUAACACUGCUGCUGCCACUGAUGAGGAAACACAAGGAAAUGAUACACUGAUGAUUUUGCCUUUUGCAAAGAAGUCACCGUUUUGGAAGACGUAUGAAACACUGGAGGUAUGCAAAACAGUACCACAGAGUCCACAUUUUGUCCCGUUGUUCGAGGCUAAAGAAGAUCUUCGCGAAUGGGCAGCAGUUGGUAUGAUGGUAACUUUCUAUGGGCUAUUAGAGGAAGUAAAUCAUCUGCAGGUCGAUGUAUCCUCGAGCACACUAAGUAGCCUAAGUUGUUCUUUUGCGGAGCUAGAGAAGCAUGGUUUUGACGUUGCAACCCCUCAGUCACGGAUCAACAAAAUGUUCUCUCUAAAAGAAGGGAGAGCAAAGAAAGUGGAGGAAAGAAAAAGUCUUGAGAAGGAGAUUGAAGCUGGAGAGAUGGAAAGGAACAAGUAUGAAGAAGAAAUGGUUGAGUUAGAAUGCAAAAUUAUGGAGCUGAAGAGGCAGCAAGUGGUUGCGAAAGAGAAGACGGAAGCUGCGGAGAAAAGGACAAUGGAAAUGAAAUCAUGUGCAGAAACGAUUGAGCAAGAGAUAGAAGAUUUGAAGCUCGAGUUUCAGACAACUGCUUCUGCUCCAUGGUAAUAAGAUAAAAACUAGGAAUGACAUCAAAGGUCUAUGUUUUGGUAAACGAAAACUUAGAGAGUAGAUGCAUGUAAGUAAAGAGGACUAAUCUAGGAUCAGUAGUACGUAGCUCCAUGUGGCUGAUGAUGUUUAGUUUUAUUAACUAAUCCUUUGAAGAUGAAAGUGUCUUUUGUGAAUCUUAUGAUGGUUGGAAUCAGUUUAAUCUAUAUUUUGACUCUCCCAAAAGAGAGGCUUAAACGUGUAAUGUGAAACAUUCA